AACGCACCCCCAAUCCCAAGAGUGGCAUUACAGCUUGCAUCAAUCUCGGGCUCUCAAUUCGCUGUUCCCCCCAAAAACCCUUGCUGGGGACCAUGAGCAAGUCUCCGCGCAGAGAUCUGCAAGUCUUCGAUUUCAACGAAGAGGAUGAGGUCGCCUCCGAUAAACACCACGAUUUCCUCGCUCGCGAUGCGCAGGUCAACAAGGUUGGCAUCAAGAGUGUUGCCAGUAUUUCUCAUGUUGAUGUUGAUGAAGCUGGUGCUAUGUUUAAUUUGGAAAAGGGUGGUUCUGACACCUCUCCUGACUCAGUGGAAGAUAUAUAUGAUAGUAAAGAGAAUAGUUCUGUGUUGGAAGCUGACAAACAAUCAAAUUUGAUUAGUCAUGAAAGUCGUCAUCAUUUUAAAAUAGAUAUUCAUAACCAUAACAAACUAGAGAAAAUGGAUACAAGUAGCGAAGUAUCUUCACCUGAAACAAGCCAGAUUGACCCUUCAGGAUCUUCAUUUUUUUGCACAGCCCCUUCAGGGUCUUCAUACAGUAAUGAAUCAAUUGAUGUCAAUUCAGAGGCUGAUGAGAGCAUGAAUGAGAGUGCUCCAACAAGUCCUGCUUCUGAUAUUCCAGAGAAUGGUGUGUCAUUAGAUGGUUGUGGAUUGCAUGGCACAGACAAUUCUGACAUGGAUGACACAACGGAAGUCGUUCUUCAUCCUGAUUAUGUCAUAUACCAGGAUAAUUAUUAUCUGGGGCCAAAGUUAACCUUUUCACCUUGUUUUGUCAAGAUCAAUGUUUCAACUGCAUGUAUAAAGCAAGAAGCUUUUGAUCUUGAAUGGGCAGUUGAUGAUCUCAUUGACAUUAAUUGUCAGUUGUUUCAAAGUAGUGGAACUGUCAUUAUAAAGCUUCGAGUAAUAUCACAUAAUGCAAGCCAAUCAAAUCAUGUAAGCGAUGCUUCAGGCAUUGAGGAAUUGGAAAUUGCGGUUGCUGAUUACAAUUGGUCCCUCAGACAUAGACAAAUCACAUCUCUUAAUCUGAAAUACUUGGCUUCUUGGAACAUGGCUCUUCGUGUGGAUGUAGAAGGCAAUGGAACUGAUUCACGUGGGUCAAGAUGCUACUUCCCUAAUUUUGAGGAGCAUUUUGAUGAUGUUAUCUAUCCGAAAGGGGAUCCGGAUGCUGUUUCCCUAAGCAAGAGAGAUGUAGAUCUCUUGCAACCAGACACAUUCAUUAAUGACACAAUUAUUGAUUUUUACAUCCAGUAUCUCAAGAAUCAAAUACCGGACAAGGAAAAGCCUAGAUUUCAUUUUUUUAAUAGUUUCUUCUUUAGAAAGCUGGCUGAUAUGGACAAAAAUCCAUCUAGUGCUUCUGAUGGAAAAGCAGCAUUUCUGCGCGUUCGUAAAUGGACGAGAAAAGUAAAUUUGUUUGCAAAGGAUUAUAUAUUCAUUCCUGUGAACUUCAAUCUUCACUGGAGUUUAAUAGUCAUAUGCCAUCCUGGUGAAUUGGUUAAUUUUAAUGGUGAGGUCUCAGCUUAUGAUCGUUCUUGUGAAGUAUUUUCAGAGAUUUAUGUUAUUAUAUGUAUUCCAGAUAAGGAGCUGGACAAUUCACUUAAGGUACCCUGUAUAUUGCAUAUGGAUUCCAUAAAAGGAAGUCAUAGUGGUCUGAAAAACCUGGUGCAGAGUUACUUGUGGGAAGAGUGGAAAGAGAGACAUAAGGAUACUUUGGGAGAAGAUCUUUCAUCAAGAUUCUUAAAUAUGCGUUUUCUUCCACUUGCGUUGCCACAGCAAGAGAAUUCAUAUGAUUGUGGUCUAUUUCUGCUUCACUACCUAGAGCUGUUUCUUGCUGAAGCACCUCUUAAUUUCAAUCCUUUCAAACUAACCAAGUUUUCCAACUUCCUCAAUGUGGACUGGUUUCUGCCUGCCGAAGCUUUUCUCAAGCGAACACUGAUCCAGAAGUUAAUCUUUGAACUUUUGGAAAAUCAUGGUUCACAUGAAAUCUCUUCCUCUGACUGUAGUGAUGACGAUGAGUGCUUACAAAAUAAUGAUAAUAGAACUGGGAUUGAUCACCCUGAAGUCAAUAAGGAGUCAACAACUUCCCAUGCUGGGCAGGGAAUAGAAAUCACUCUAUUGUCUGGUUCAUCGUCUUUGGAUCCUCAAUCCUUUAACAAUUCAGGAUUGGUUCUUAAAGAGCUUUUUGAUCCAGGAGCUACUGCAGGAGCAAUGUUGGGACAGUGUCAAUCUUUUGACCAGCGUUCAUCUGAUUAUCGUUUCAGUGGUUCAAUAUUUUCAAUUGAGGAAGACACGGAUCUUGGGAACCAGUUUAUGUACUUGCCUACAGAUCCCAACUUCCAGCAAGUGACUGGAAUUACACCUCCAACAUGUUCUUUGCCAUAUCUUCCUAGGGAUUGUGGAGAUGAGACAUGUCAUAGACCACAAAUCUCUCCGCUAGUGGAUCGUGAUGUGGUGCAGCCAUCUUUAGAUACAUCAAAUGGUGUCUUAGAUGAUUCAGAAGAUGUAACAGUCACCAAAAGUUGCCUUGUUUUGAAUGUGCCUGGGUCAUCUAAUGAACCUGUACAAGGUGAGAAAACUUGUUCAGCCAUGGAAAACGCUGAGCAUGUUAUAGAUAUUUCCAACUCGGUUGUGGGAAAUUCUCUAGACUCAAUUACGAAGUGUGAUGAUAACAAGAAUGGAGAUCUCCACUAUACUGGUCAAGAAACUCUGACAAUUCCAGUGCAGCAGGUUUCUGAUGCAGUAGAUGAUGAGGAAACUCCAAUACCAUUGCAACAAGUUUCUGAUGCAGUACAUGAUGAGGAAACUCCAAUACCAGUGCAAGUUUCUGAUGCUGUAAAUAAUGAGGAAACUCCAACAGUAUCAUUGCAACAAGUUUCUGAUGCAGUAGACGAUGAGGAAGCUCCCACAACACCAUCACAAGUUUCUGAUGAGGCUGGAUGUGAUGAUGGUCAGAUGAUAGAUGACAUGGAACCUGAUAAUUGUGAGGAACAAGCUGCAAAGAGGAGGCGGCUAAUGCCUCUACAGUGCAGAAGUGGCAUUGUGACAGAAUCCGAUUUGUAGAUAAAUAGGUAUAGAUAAAUAUGGCAUCUUGUUUUACCUUUGCUUUUGAAUUAUUUCUAGGCUUUACUUUACCAAUAUGUGAAUAGUGUCGUUGCUUGGUAGUAGUUAAUUCUGCGACCAAAAUUGAGAAAUAUCUGCGGACUUUAGACACGAUUCAUCCGGGCAAUGGUAGGAUUUUUUUUUUCCUUGAUGAAAAACCUUUGAAAUUCUUCACCCCCCCGUUUCUUAUAUUCUAAGCUCCAGAUUAUAAUUUU